AUGGAAGACGUGCGAGAAGAGGAGAUCGCCGGCGACGGAAACGAAACGUCGCCGCACCGUGUGCUAAACAUCAAUGACGCAAGCCUCGAUCCGAAGCCAUUGUUGUUUCUUCUCUGUUUCACUAAUCUCACAUACAGCGUCAAGGUUCGUCAGAAGUUGACAUUUUCUUCCGUGCUGGCAAGACCCGCUGAGCCUGAAAUGAAGACAAUCCUAAAGGACAUCUCCGGUGAGGCGUGCGACGGCGAAAUACUCGCAAUCUUAGGUGCGAGCGGCUCCGGAAAAUCGACGCUGCUCGACGCCUUAGCCAAUCGAAUUGAGAAAGAGAGCUUGAAAGGAAGAGUGAGUUUAAACGGCGAGGUUUUGGAGUCUAGGUUAUCGAAAGUGAUCACGGCCUACGUGAUGCAGGACGACCUGUUAUUCCCGACGCUGACAGUGGAGGAGACGUUAGCCUUUGCAGCGGACUUUCGGCUUCCCAAGAUGCUCGGGGAGUCGAAGAAGAAGGUGCGAGUUCAGGCGCUGAUCGAUCAAUUAGGCCUCCGAGGCGCCGCGCAGACGAUAAUCGGCGAUGAGGGCCGCCGUGGCGUCUCUGGCGGAGAAAGACGACGCGUCUCGAUUGGAAUCGACAUAAUCCAUGACCCGAUUCUUCUCUUCCUUGACGGGCCCACGUCUGGGCUCGACUCGACAAGCGCGUUCAUGGUGGUGAACGUCCUGAAGAACAUUGCUCAGAGUGGGAGCGUCGUCGUAAUGGCCAUACACCAACCGAGUUACCGGAUUAUCGGAUUGCUCAAUAAAUUGAUCUUCCUCUCCAAAGGACAAAUUGUUUACAGAGGAUCGCCGACUAAUCUCCAUCUGUUUUGCUCCAAAUUCGGACGGCCAAUCCCCGAGAAUGCAAACCCGACCGAGUACACGCUUGAUUUAAUCUCUGAGCUCGAAUGCUCAACCAACAAAAUCAAUAGUUUGGUGGAGCUCAACAACACAUGGAAAAGUCCUAAAAACAAAAAAUCCGACACUAUUCUAUCUCUUACGGAAGCAUUGAAUUUAGGUAUCUCCAAAGGAAAGUUAGUCUCCGACGACGUUAAUAUUUCCAACAUCAAGAAGACCUUCGCAAACCCUUUCUGGACAGAAAUGUCAGUUCUGUACAAGCGUUCGAUGACCAAUUCCCGAAGAACACCGGAGAUUUUUGCCGCCCGGCUGAUCACAAUUUUAACAACCGGUUUCUUACUCGCCAUCAUAUAUUGGCAGCUUGAUGAUUCUCCCAAGGGGAUAAGAGAGCGAUUAGGGUUCUUCGCCUUCGCGAUAUCCGCUACCUACUUCUCUAGCUGUCAAUACCUUCCGGUUUUCCUCCAAGAGCGAUUCAUCUUCCAUAGAGAAACCGCUUACAAUGCUUACCGCCGAUCUUCCUAUGUACUUUCUCAUGCUUUUGCGGUGCUCUUGCCGCUCUUUGUCUUCUCGCUCGCCUUCUCGACCGCAACAUUUUGGACAGUGGGGCUUGCCGGAGGAGUCACAGGUUUCCUAUUCUGCUUCUUGAUCAUCUACGGAUCGUUUUGGGCCGGAAACUCCUUUGCCGUGUUCGUCUCGGGAUUAGUCCCGCACCUCCUGCUUGGAUACACCGUCGUCAUCGCCGUCUCUGCUUACUUCCUUCUCCUGAGCGGAUUCUUCAACCGGAACCGAAUCCCGCCUUUCUGGAUUUGGUUCCACUACGCCUCUCUCAUCAAAUAUCCCUAUGAAGCCGUAAUGCGAAGCGAAUUCAACGAUCCGACCAAGUGUUUCAGGAGGGGUUCAGAGAUGUUCGACGACACUCCGUUUCGCAACGUUUCUGAAGACGUGAAAGCGAGGAUGUUGGGGAACUUGAGCGCCAUUUCGGGAACUAAUCAUAACGUAACAAGCUCGACGUGUUUGACGACUGGUUUGGACGUUCUGAGAGAGCAAGGAAUCACUGAUCUCGACAAGUGGAUGUACUUAUUGAUUAUUGUUGCCUGGGGUUUCUUUUACAGAUUCCUGUUUUAUCUAUCGUUGUUGCUUGGCAGCAAAAACAAAAGGAAGUAG